AUGUCCGACGUACCACCAACCGAGUCCAUUCCCAAACCAGAGGAACCUAAAGAACCACAACAGUCUCCUCAGCAACCUCAGUUCCAGCAAGGACCUCCGAAUUACUACCAAUUUCCACCUCAAGGUUACUACCCACCACAAGGCUUCCCGAACUACCCUCCUCAGCCUAUGCCUUACUUCCCCAACCCUUGGAUGUUCCAGCAAGCUCCACCCCAUCAAUUCCAAUCUCAGUCCAAGAGAGACCAAGACUUCGAAGAAGGUCUGAACCGCUUACGCAAAGAGUAUGCUACAGCUCCAAUUGAGAGAAAGUUGUUCCCGGACCAAAAAAUAUAA